AUGAUGUUCCCUGCAGAACUAUCAUCUGAGGAGGAGGGGACCACGGGCCCCUCAGAAAUGGACCACCAACUAAGGAAGGAGCUCGAAGAGAUCCGACAUGAGAAGGCAGCAAUGGCACAUCAGCUGGAGUGCCAACAACAGCUGAUAAUUCAGCUCCAGCAGGAGAUAGCUGCACUGCAAGAGGCAGUGCGAGGCAGUACAUCAAGUAAGCCAGUGAAUCGCGAAUCGAUCAUCAUGGACAGCGAGGGAGUACCAGCAACGUUGGAAAAACCAUCAAGACAAGAGUCAUGCGACAUGGACAGCGUGGGACCGCCACCACCAUAUCCCGAAGUCAUCAUAGACGAAGACGACCCUAUCAACUUCGUCCGGAGGAGGAAGCAGAACAAAGUUAAAGUUAAGGGCCUGGUAUUGUGUAUGCAAUAUAUAAUGGACAAACAAGUGUGGUGUCGUUCUUAUUAUGCCGGAUCCACAUACUUGCUAAACCCAAACAAGCCAUCACAAAUUCAUGCCUUGGGUUUUAUUGCAGCGCAGGAAGUCCGUUCACGCAUGGAUAUAACGGAUGAAUGGAAUGACGAAUGGUCAAAGCCUGGAGUUUUAUCAGAACUAGCUAGUGCUGAUGCCAAGCAGAGAGGUUUGCCUGAAUUUGAUGAGAAAGAAUUCGCAGAAGCUCUGGGAUGGACUGGGGAAAAUAAAACUGCAAAAGUGCAUAUUGUAUCUACAAACGGUACUCAAUCGGAAUAUGAAAUUGAUGCGGGAAAUGGCACUUGUGUAAACGUAACCGUGGAUAACAGAUUUGGUCUGGACGAUAUAGUUGCGGUAGCCAAUGUAAUUGGAAUUAACAUAGAAAUUGAUCAUCCUGCAUUGGUACUAUUUGAUGGGAAUAAUAUCGUACAUGCGUAUAACUUUUCUCGUGCCGCUGAUAUUUUGGAUAACCCGAAAUUCGAUAGAACGAAGGAUACAGUAAUUUAUAUUCAUGGUUUUCUCACAUCACUUAGUUCAGAAAGCACAACAACGAUCAUAUCAUCUUAUGCAGCUAGAAAUGACCACAAUAUUAUAGUUUUGGAUUGGCAUUCUCAAGCGCUACCUCCAUAUUUUUUGAACGCUGUGAAAAACGUCUUUAAGAUUGGAGCUCAAGCAGCAGGAGCAAUAUUAGACAUGAUCGACAAAGGACUCAGUGUUGAACGUUUACAUCUUGUUGGUCAUUCAUUAGGCGCUCAAAUGGCUGGAGUCAUCGGAAGAACAAUUCAGAGGGAAUCCAAUGGGGCUAUCAAAUUACCGCGUAUAUCUGCCUUAGAUCCUGCCUACCCUGCAUUCUAUGGCAAGGAUUCGGUGCAUUUAAGCGAAAAAGAUGCAGAACUAGUUGAUGUUAUUCAUACCGACAGCGGAGUUUAUGGAGCCCCUAUUUCUACUGGCACUGUUGAUUUUUGGCCAAACGGAGCAGAAGGUCAACAGCCUGGAUGUAUUCUUAAUGUAUGCAGUCAUCAGCGAGCUUGGAUGUAUUGGGCAGAAAGUCUGCAGAAAAAUGCGCCUCUUUAUUUUAGUUCAGCCUAUGCAAGGAGUUGGAUGGAUUUUAAACUAUCCAGGAUUUGGCGAUUCGAUCCAAAAAUUGUUAUGGGCUAUGGAUGUCUAUUCGGUACAACAGGCAAUUAUUAUCUACUGACAAACAACGAAUCACCAUUUGCUCGUGGGAAACAAGGAAUGUUAUUCCGAUAGGUUCUGUGUGUGUAAUUAAUUGGUAUUGUUAGAAAUAUAUUUUAUUUAAGGAAAAACAAAA